UAUGUCCAGUGGACUGAACUUCUGAAAGAUGACAUCGGAAGAGGUCAAGUAACCCUCAGGAUAUAUAAAGUAACUGCUGCUGCUGCUGGGUCCUACCACUGCUUCUUCAAAGAUGACAAAUUCUAUGAAGAGCAUAUCACAGAAGUCAAGGUCAUAGCAACAAGCUCAGACAUACAGAUUCUUAUGCAUGCCCCAACCAUCAAAGGUGUGAUAUUGGAGUGUCAUUCAGGAGGUUGGAUCCCAGAGCCUCACAUGGAAUGGAGAGACAGCAAAGGACAGCUCAUUCCAGCUACAUUAAAAUCCUAUUCACAAGAUGAAAACAAAAUUUUGACCAUCAAAAUGUUCCUUUUUAUUGAAGCCAACUCUGACCGGAAUGUCACUUGCUACAUUCAAAACCCUGUAACUCACCAAGAAGAAAGCAUAUGUUUUCUUCUACCAGGUAAAGUGU